AUUCUCAUUCCCUUCUCUUCCUCUGUUUCACAAACCCCCAAAUUCCUCUGCUUCUCUCUUCAACCUUUUUCCGUUAUGAAGCAGCUCAUCCGCCGUCUCUCCCGCGUCGCCGACUCCUCCCAAUCUCACUACUGCCUCCUCCGCACCCCCGACCAACGCCCCGCCCGCGCCCACUCCUUCCGUGCCGCCGCCGCCAACAAAUUCCGUCGCUCCAGAUCCGACGGUGCCGUCCCCGUUCCCCAAGGCCACGUCCCCGUCUACGUCGGCGACGAGAUGGAACGCUUCGCCGUUAGUGCCGAAUUACUCAACCAUCCCGUUUUCGUUACCUUACUCGAGAAAUCCGCUCAAGAGUACGGCUAUGAACAGAAAGGAGUCCUUCGAAUCCCCUGUCAUGUCCUGGUUUUUGAACGAGUACUUGAAGCUAUUAGAAUCGGUGACCCUGAUUCACGUGAUCUUCACGAUCUUCUCUCUUCUCUCUCCGGCGAUUUCCUCUAGGGCCGUUGUGAAAUGAAAUCCCCCCCUCCCCCCUUUUUUUUCUGUUUUUUGUUCCUUUUUUUUUUUUUCCUUUUUUUGGGGCUUUGUAGACAUCGAUGGAUGGAUUGAUCGUUCGUCGUGUUGGGUUUUGAUGUAAAUAUAAAACACCCUCUCUUCGGAGAAGAUGAUACGAGAUUUUGUUUA